GGCAGUGGGGGCUGAUUGCUCUGAGGGCUUCGCUUGGGGCAUCUCCUGCAGACCCCGUCCCCACCACGGUCACCCCAUGCCCCUUUCUGGCUGCACCCCCUGAGCUUUUCCUGACCGAAGGAAGGCCGGUCCCACCACCCAAAAAUGAGAGGUUUCCAGGGCAGCUCGCUGCUGCUCUGCAUAGUGGCUGCUGCUGCCAUCCCCAUCGUACCCUGGAAGGUGAAAUGCCCUCUGCAGUGCGUGUGCCAGAUCAGACCCUGGUACACCCCGCGCUCUGCGUACCGGGAGGCUGCCACCGUGGACUGCAAUGAUUUGUUCAUCACUGCCGUGCCCGAGGAUCUGCCAGCGGGGACGCACACACUGCUUCUGCAAAGCAACAACAUCGCCAGGCUGGAGCAGAGCGAGCUGGACUAUCUCCGAAACCUCACAGAGCUGGACCUGUCGCAGAACAGCUUCUCUGAUGUUUGGGAUUUCGGCCUGAAGAGCAUGCCGCAGCUGCUCAGCCUGCACCUGGAGGAGAACCGGCUGACCGAGCUGCCCGACAGCAGCUUCCCAGGGUUGGGCAGCCUGCAGGAGCUCUACCUGAACCACAAUCAGCUGCGUAGGAUCGCGCCCCGUGCCUUCGCCGGCCUCGGCAGCCUCCUGCGCCUGCAUCUCAACUCCAACCUCCUGCGGAUGGUGGACAGCCGCUGGUUCCAGAUGCUGCCCAGCCUGGAGAUUCUCAUGAUCGGAGGCAACAGGGUGGAUGCUAUCUUGGAUAUGAAUUUCAGGCCCCUGUCAAACCUUCGCAGCUUGGUGCUGGCUGGGAUGAACCUGAGGGAGAUCUCGGACUACGCGCUGGAGGGGCUGCGCAGCUUGGAGAGCCUCUCUUUCUAUGACAACAAGCUGGUGACCGUCCCCAAAAGGGCUCUGCAGCGAGUGCCCAGCCUCAAGUUCCUGGAUCUGAACAAAAACCCAUUGCAGAGGGUCAGGCAGAGUGACUUCACCAACAUGCUGCACCUCAAGGAGCUGGGACUCAACAACAUGGAGGAGCUGGUGUCCAUUGACAAGUUCGCCUUGAUCAACCUCCCCGAGCUGACCAAGCUGGACGUCACCAACAACCCCAAGCUGUCCUUCAUCCACCCCAACGCCUUCCACCACCUUCCCCAAAUGGAAACUCUCAUGCUCAACAACAACGCCCUAAGUGCCUUGCAUAAGCAGACGGUCGAGUCCCUGCCCAACCUGCAGGAGAUCAGCAUCCACAGCAACCCCAUCCGCUGCGACUGCGUCAUCCGUUGGGUCAACAGCACCGAGACCCGCAUCCGCUUCAUCGAGCCGCAGUCCACGCUGUGUGCUGAGCCCCCCGACCUCAACAGGAGGCACAUUCGGGACGUCCCCUUCCGAGAGAUGGCGGAUCGGUGUCUGCCUCUCAUCUCCACCCAGAGUUUUCCCUCCCGUCUGGAAGUGACGGAUGGUGACAACAUUUCCUUGCAUUGUCGGGCGAUGGCAGAGCCGGAUCCGGAGAUCUACUGGGUCACCCCCUCGGGGAUGAAGUUAAUCCCCUAUGCACAUGACGGACGCUACAAGGUGCACCCCGAAGGGACUCUGGAGAUCAUGGGGAUCUCAGCGCAGGAGGCCGGGCUCUACACCUGCGUGGCCCACAACUUGCUGGGGGCAGACACCAAGAGCAUCACCGUGCUGGUCAACAGCUCCUUCCCGCAUAGCGAGGCCAGCUUGGAGCUGGUGGUGCUGGACAUCCAGCCCUACCACAUCCUGCUCACUUGGAAGCCGCACCUCAACGCCGUCUCCUCCAACCUCACCUGGUCCAGCUUCCUGCUCAGCUCCAGCUUGGACACAACCAACGUCGCUCGCAUCCCGCUGGGGACCCACGCGUACAACAUCACCCGGCUCCACCAGGACACGGAGUACUGGGCUUGCCUCCACGUGGCCUUUGUAGACUUGCAGGCCAAGGUGGCAUGCGUCAACGCCAGGACUAAAGAGGCCAUCCGCCACCACCGCUUCCUCGGGGACAGGCAGUGCCUCCUGACACUGCUGGCACUCAGCAUCCUGCUGCUGGCCAUCGGCCUGGUGGCUCGCUGUGGUUUUGGGGACGAGCCCAGGAGGGCUGGUGAUGCACUAUGGGAUGCAGGGGCAGUGCGAGUGGUUUACCCCCAUCUCGCCCAGCACUGGGCUCAGGGGCCACGCAGCGGGCAGCUCCUGGCUGUGGAGGUGCAGGCGGCACCCCUGGACUCCUGA